UUGGCCAGAUGGUGGUGGGAAUUCCUCACACAUCCAAGCACGCAAUCUCUCCCACUUGUCUCAGUCUUAAACCACUUCUCUGUGCACAAGGUAUAGUAUAUCUUCUUGGAGCACAAGAGAUCUUUACCAAAAAUAGUAGAAAUUACAGACAGUGUUAUCGUAAAUUGAUAAGGGUUCAAUGGUCUUAUCAAAAGUGAAUUAGUGAUUUUUGUGAAAUUACUCACAAGGCACAGUGGUAUAAAAGACCUUGCUAAAUUUUACGAGCUAUCAGUUGUGUUCUGUGUAUGUUCGCGAGUUUUUCACAAUAAAAUUGCGCUCAAAAUGAUCGGUUGCGCAAUAAGCUGCUUGACCGGACUGUUAUUCUCCAAGUGGACUCUCAUUGCGGCAAUUCUUGGAUAUUUUGCCUACAAAUGGAGCAUUGCUACUUACGACAUCUUCGAGAAGCGUGGUAUCAAGUUCAUCCCCCCUAUACCACUUUUGGGGAGCUUUAAAGAUAUGGUCUUUCAAACAAAAACCUUCACAGAUGUCAUACACGAUUUCUAUAGGCACUUUCCUAAAGAAAAGGCCUAUGGUAUCUUUGAGAUGCGGAAACCAUUUUUCUUAAUUCGGGAUCCCGAGUUGAUUAAACAAAUGGCAGUUAAGGACUUUGACCAUUUCCUCGAUCAUCGAGUCAAUCUGGACGAGGAUCAGGAUCCUCUCUUUGGACGCAACCUCUUUGCCCUCAAAGGUCAAAGAUGGAGGGAUAUGCGAUCAACCCUCAGUCCAGCUUUUACCGGAAGCAAGAUGAGGACGAUGUUUCAACUUGUGUCUGAAUGUUGUUCGGUAACAGUGGACUUCUUGGAGAAGGAAGUCCAAAAUGAGAAACCGAUUUUAACGGACUUGAAGGACCUCUUUACAAGAUUCACUAACGAUGUCAUUGCAACUUGUGCUUUUGGAAUCAAACUUGAUUCUCUCAAUGACAAAACCAACGAAUUCUAUAUGGCUGGAAAACAAGCUUCGGAUUUUGGUGCACUUCGGAAUCUCAAAUUCUUACUCAUUAUCCAGUUUCCCAAAUUAUGCAAGGCCAUUGGACUAACACUUUUUUCAGAAAAAUUCUGUAACUUCUUUAGGAGUCUUGUAUGGGAUACAAUAAGGGAAAGGGAAAGGCACAGUAUUGUUCGUCCUGAUAUGAUUAAUCUCCUAAUCCAAGCUCGCAAAGGGAAACUCAAGCACGAAGAUGAAGAAACAGAUCAAGAAGGAUUUGCUGUUGUUCAGGAAACCAAUGUUGGAAAAGCUCUUGACCACACCAAACUCGUAGAAGAUGAUCUUACUGCCCAGUGUUUUAUAUUCUUCUUGGCUGGAUUUGACACAAGUAGUACAUGUAUGAGUUUCACAGCUCACGAGCUAGCGGCUAAUCCAGAAGUCCAGCAAAAACUCCUUCUCGAAGUCGAUGCCAUAAAAGAAGAGCUUGGUGGAAAAUCUCUGACUUACGAAGCUCUUCAAAAAAUGCCUUAUCUGGAUAUGGUUAUUUCGGAGAGUCUCCGGUACUGGCCACCGGCAGUUGCGACUGAUCGACAGUGCGUUAAGCCCUACGUUAUUAAAACGGACAAGAUUAAUUGCGAAGUGAAAGUCGGAGAAGGUAUUAUGAUUCCUAUUGUGAGUCUUCAUCAUGAUCCCCAGUACUUCCCCAAUCCGUCCCGUUUCGAUCCUGAGAGAUUUAAUGAAGAAAAUAAGCACAAUAUCACUCCGUUCACAUAUCUUCCUUUCGGAGUUGGUCCAAGGAAUUGUAUAGGAUCGAGAUUUGCUUUAAUGGAAACCAAAGCCAUCAUUUACUACAUCUUGACCAAGUUUACCUUUGAAGUAUCAGAGAAGACCCAGGUUCCUCUGAAACUUGCCAAAACCGGAUUCGCUUUGAAACCUGAAAAAGGUUUCUGGGUAAAUUUGAAACCUAGGAGUUAGUAAUGCAAAAGUAUUGAUGUUUACGUAUGUAUAAAGGAUCAAAUUAAAAAGAAAAUAAUUAUAAAAAUAUGUGAUUGAUCUUAGAAUUACAUUUGCAAAACAAAAUUCUCAAAUUGACUUCUUUUUCCUGAAGGCAAGUCGUGUGUUGAUUUUUUACUGUUUUAAAAGACUUUUGAAAAACUUUUUAAAAAAUUUUCAAAAGAAAAAUGAAAACAACUAAUAGAACAGUUUAUUGCCAAAAUGAAGGAGACAUAAAGUCAAAUGGACGUGUUUCCGAAAAUUAUUUUGUAACUUCUAUAACAGUGAACUUUCAGAAAAACAAAUCAAUUUAUAAAAAAAUAUAAAUAAAAAAAUAAAACAACAUACUAUACGAACUUAAA